GCCAUGACCACUUCCUCAUUUCAAACCUCUGUGGCAGUUUUUGCCCUGAUUACCUUGCAUGUCAGUGCCCUGGAUACAUUUAUCGCUGCAGUAUAUGAACAUGCUGUCAUAUUGCCAAAUGAAACAGAAACACCUGUUUCUCAAGAAGAUGCCUUGCUCCUUAUGAACAAGAAUAUAGACAUUCUGGAGAAAAUAAUUAAGCAGGCAGCUGAGAAGGGUGCUCAAAUCAUUGUGACUCCAGAAGAUGCACUUUAUGGGUGGAAAUUUACCAGAGAAACUAUUUUCCCUUAUCUGGAGGAUAUCCCAGACCCUCAGGUGGCCUGGAUUCCAUGUGAAGAUCCCCACAGAUUUGGUCGCACACCAGUACAAGCAAGACUCAGCUGUCUAGCCAAGAACAACUCUAUCUAUGUCUUAGCAAAUAUUGGGGACAAAAAGCCAUGUCAUUCCCAUGGCUCCAGAUGUCCUUCUAAUGGCUAUUAUCAGUACAAUACCAACGUGGUGUAUGAUACAGAGGGAAAACUGGUGGCACGUUACCAUAAGUACCACCUCUACUCUGAGCGACAGUUUGAUGUCCCUGAAAAGCCGGAGUUGGUGACUUUCAACACCACCUUCGGAAAGUUUGGCAUAUUUACAUGUUUUGAUAUACUCUUCCAUGAUCCUGCUGUGACCCUGGUGAAAGAUUUCUAUGUGGACACCAUACUGUUUCCCACGGCUUGGAUGAAUGUUUUGCCCCUUUUGACAGCUAUUGAAUUCCAUUCAGCUUGGGCAAUGGGAAUGAGAGUUAAUCUUCUUGUGGCCAAUACACAUCAUGUCCACCUGAAUAUGACAGGCAGUGGUAUUUAUGCACCACAUUCUCCCAAAGAAUACCAUUAUGAUAUGGAAACAGAGUUGGGAAAGCUCCUCCUUUCAGAAGUGGAUGCGCAUCCUCGAAACUCUUCUCCCUACCCAAUGGCUGUGAACUGGAGUGCUUACGCCACAAGCAUCAAACCAUUCCCAGUACAGAAAAACAGUUUCCAGGGUUUUAUUUCCCGGGAUGUGUUCAACUUCACAGAACUUUUUGAAAAUGCAGGAAACCUUACAAUCUGUCAAAAAGAUCUCUGCUGUCACUUGAGCUAUAGAAUGUUAAGAAAAGAAGAGAGUGAAGUGUAUGUGCUGGGAGCUUUUACAGGACUUCACGGCCGAAGAAGAAGAGAGUACUGGCAGGUAUGCACAAUGCUGAAAUGCAAAACGACUAAUUUGACAACUUGCGGACGGCCAGCAGAAACUGCUUUGACAAGAUUUGACAUGUUCUCCCUAAGUGGCACAUUUGGAACAGAAUACGUUUUUCCUGAAGUGCUCCUUACUAAAAUUCAGCUGUCACCUGGAAAAUUUGAGGUACUAAAAGAUGGGCGUUUGGUAAACAAGAAUGGAUCAUCUGAGCCUAUCCUAACAUUGUCACUGUUUGGGAGAUGGUAUGCUAAGGACUCACAUUCCAUCCCAGGAGGGACCAGCAAUUUGUCAGCAACUUACCUGUUAAUAUCCAUUUUAUUAAUGAUCAUAGCUUUGUAA